AUGAAACGUAUUGUUACUGGCGAUGAGUCUUGGUUCUAUGCUUGCGAACCAGAAACAGACGAUGAAUCCGGCCGGAUAUCGUCGAAAGGUUUCAAAAAUGGUGCACACAAAUUCGAACAACAGCAGCAGCAACAGCUCGAGCAUACAGCAAAACUUCAAGCGACGGCUGGCGGCAAGCGCUUCAGCGGCAGCCAUAGCAACAACAGCAAUAGCAAUUGUGGAAGCGCACGCGGCAGUGGCAGUGGCAGCGGCAGCGGUGUUAGCGGUGGCAACGCCACCAACAAUCGCAACAGCAUUGGCAACGGCAGCUGUGUGUCGACGUCAACUACAUCAGCAGCAACAACAGCAGCGGCAGCGGGAACUGGCAAGCGACGCAAAUCAAAGCCGACAAAGUGCUUUAGUAGCACAGUGUUUCGCUGUUGUAUACCUUGUCGCGGGGGCGGCUCAGCAGCCCCCGCUACAAGUCCGCCCCAUUCGCCCGCUACGCCCGCGGAUGAUGUAAAUAACGGCACUAGUAUAACCGCAGCAAUCCAGAAGGAGUACGCCAAAGCAGCAAAUGAAAAGAAACGAGAUAGCGCCAACAUAAGUGCACCCUAUGCCGAACUAGAUGCCGACGUAGAUGCCGACGUCGACGUUGAAGCAGUAGCAGCGAAUGGCAAGAAGCAUUCGCUAGCCGACACAAUUGCCACCUCGGCAACCACACCCCUAUCUUUGAAAACUAUUAUAAACGACAGUGAUGAACUCGAGCCGCCGACCUUGAGUGUGGCCGACAUUGCAGCCGCCACUCUUGCCACCGGUAUCGUAGCACGUAAAGCCGAACCGGAAACACUGAGCGACGCCAGUGUCUCACCGACCGCUGCCAUACAGCAGCCCCCAUACCUGGGUGCGCCUAUUAACGUCCCUCAGGGCUUGAAUCCCAACGGAAGCGCCGCCUUAAGCAUCAGCGCACAGCAAAUUUCACCAACUAAAACGUCUAGUAGCGUGCCGACAGUGACGUCCUUUACCACUGUUAUUGGGCAAACAAGCAACGCAGCCACACUGCAGCAGCAACAGCAAACUCAACAACAACAACAGGUACCGCCACCACCGCCACCCGCCGCGCAAUCAGCGCCACGCGUCUCGCAAUCACAAACCUCGCCACUACCGCACAUCAAAGAGGAGGAAGAAUCCGAGCAUAUCGGCAAUCGGCACCAGUACUCACCGCCCGUCGACGCCGAGCAGGCUGUUGGCGGCGUCUUAACUACGGUUAGUGACAGCAGCGAAAGCACAAACGCACCCCAAUCUACAAACACAUCGUUCUCAGCGCCGACCAGCGGCCAUCAGGAGUUAGUCACACCGAGCGUUUCAACUCCUUCGCCACGCAUCAAGCUCAAGUUUCGCAAACAACACAAAUCGGCUUGGUCUCGUUCGGUACUUGCGCCCAGUAGCGCCACCAGCAGCGUUGCUGGUGUUGGCGGCAGUAGCGGAGGAGGCGUCGGCGGCGGCGGUAGUAGCGGUGGUGGAGGUGCUGGUGGCGGCAGUGGCAGUGGCGGCGCUACCUCCAACGAAACCCUCGCUUCGAACGGCAGCAAUACCAACACAGCGACCAGCGUCAGCAGCGGCGGCUUACAUCGCAUCUCAUUGUCUUCGGUGCCACACGCGUCCAGCUCUGCACAGCUCCUACCAGCUACCAAGAUGCAGGCCGAACAGGGCUCCAUUGGCGAUUUGCAGAAAUACCACAGCAGAUAUUUGAAGAAUCGGCGGCAUACACUAGCGAAUGUUCGGUAA